AGACAGAGAGACUCCAACUUCAGCUUGAUUUGCGGCCAUCGAGGCAUCGCAUCAAAUAAAGGCAUUAGCUUGAGAUCAAAUACACGCUUUCUUGGGAGGAUUUUUCUCAUAUGGACUACAAUUUUAACUUCUCUUAAAAACACGAGACGAAUAAUGAAAUGUUCAUAAUGACGGAUAUGUCUGCAUUUGUCUUUAUCUUGGUUGGGAUAUUUGGAAGUUUGAUCAUCACCGCAAUGGACGGUGCACUUGGUAUGUCUUCCAAAAACAGGAUAUGCAUGCAUCAUUCUGAAAAUGACAUGAGUGGUAAUGGUACAGAAGUAUGUCCGGAACCAGACUAUUACUGCUUUGCAGUCUGGUCAAACAGGAAGUUACCAGAUAAUACCACAGUUACCARGAUUAUACGGAAAGGCUGUUUUAGGAUUUCAUAUUCCUUACCUGAUUCUGAACACCCUUGUGGACAUGAAUGCAUUCAGCGCCCUGCAUUUGAUUCCAUGGCCAGGGUCAAGAACAUAUCUGGUUUUUGUUGCUGCGACACAAAUUACUGCAAUAAAAACUUUACAAUGACAGAAUAUGAUCUUGAUGCAUCACCUUCACCAACUAAAAGACCAGGACAAAAACAUAACUCCAAACAGAGAAUAAAAAUGAUUGUUGGUGUUACRCUAGCAGCAAUGACUAUGCUUACCACUGGCUUAACAUGCUAUUACUGUUUGUACAAAAAGAACAAGUCAAACCUCCUUAUUUAUACAAAAGCUGACCCAGAAGAAAACGAACCUCAAAACUCUAGUCUUGACCUGGCUCAGCUGAAGCUUAGAGAGCUAAUUGGACAAGGGCGCUAUGGUACUGUCUGGAAAGCUACUUUGAAUGAAAAAGUUGUUGCUGUCAAAGUGUUUUCACCGGAAAAUARAUUUUACUGGCAAGUUGAGAAAGAAUUUUAUGAAUGUUUAGGAAUGAAAACAAGCCCCUUUGUACUCAAGUUUAUUGAUGCCUGUGAAAGACCAAUAGAGGGCACAUCUGACUAUCUUCUCCUGACUGAAUACCACUCAAGGGGAUCUUUGCGACAUUAUUUACAAAGUAAUGUUAUAAAUUGGAAAGAAAUGUGUAUUCUUGGCUACACAAUGGCCUCAGGAUURGCAUUUAUUCACCAAGAAGAAGGAACAAGACCAGCYUUUGCGCACCGGGACUUCAAUAGCAAGAACCUUCUGGUAAAGCUGGAUGGCACUUGUGCAUUGGCAGAUUUUGGGUUUGCAAUGAAYGUACCUGCUGCUGCAAAACCAGCAGAUGAUGGGACCCUAAUAACUGAGGUGGGUACAUUAAGGUACAUGGCACCAGAGGUACUUGAUGGAGCUGUCAACCUACACGAUAUCCAAGGAGCUCUAAAACAAAUAGACAUAUAUGCUAUGGCUUUAGUUUUAUGGGAGACUGCCAUGCGCUGUGAAGACAUAUUUGGAAAAGGUCUUGUGCCAGAAUUUAAACUGCCAUUUGAAGCUGAACUAGGAGCAAUGAUAACUUCUGAGGUGAUGCACACUUUYGUAGUGACCAAAAAAGCAAGGCCAGGAUUUCCUGAUGCUUGGAAAAACAAUCAUCCUGGAAUAAGAUCAUUAAAAGAGACAAUUGAAGAUUGUUGGGAUCAGGAUGGUGAUGCACGCCUYCUUGCUUUAUGUGUUAAAGACAGACUAGAAGAUCUUGCAAAUGAAUGUCCAGGGACAACCUGUGAUAAUGUAUCUAUUGGUACAGUCCAAGAGUUCCAACAGAAUUUCAUGUUGGAAACACCCGAAACAUCACUCAUGGAUAAAAACACAAUGUUUGUGACUAUAAACAAAGAUGAUGAUGCAACGAUUGUUUAGGUAACUAUGUUAUGACAGGUCACCCCACCCCACCCCACCCCACCCUACCAGGAUUUGCAUACUAUGAUUUAGUAACCAUAAGAUUAAAUAUUAUUUGUUGGUUCCAUGACUAGCAAAUGGCCUACCAGAAGGGUUCGUGCAGGUCCUUGAACUCCUUAAAAGAGGUUGAAAUUUUAGAAUGUAACUUUAAGGGCAAUUGAAAGUCCUUUACAAUUAAAAAAAAAGGAAAAAAUCUGCUAAUAGUCCUUUAAARAUCCAAGAAAACAUGUCAAUAAAGAUUUAGAAAAAAUAUCUUUACUGUAAAAAUACUUUACUGAGAUAUAUUUAUAUGAAAAGAUUGUGCUUGAUGAUGAUAACUCCAUAAUAGGACAGUCACAUUUGCUGGAUUCCUGUGUUUUUUGCACAUGCUCAUCCCCUUUGUUUGACAGUUUUGCAUGCUAUUGAAUUCUUAAAUGUGUAUUACUCUUUGAAAAUUGCAUGUCGGUCCUUGAAUACUUCCUGAAAAGUUCUUGAAUAUUUUCAUGGGAAUCUUGCAUGAACCCUGUACUACGCUGUACAAAUAAGGAAGCAAAAAAAAUCAUCCAAUCAGAAAUCAGUUCAUGUCAUGAGUAAUAUGUGAGGCCUUGUCAAGAACAGGUAGUGCAUCUUAUUUUUCUAUAAAUAUUCCUUUAAUGUCAGUCUUGGCAUAGCUGAUGUAUAAUAGGUACCAAUCAAGAAUAUUGACAGAAGAUAUUAUUUUUAAUUGUGCAACAAUAAUUAGGAGCUGAUUAAUAGUAACUUCUGGGUGGUCAUUGUUAAUAAUCAUGGAGUCAUUGAAUCUGUUAAUGAAAUUUAUCUUUUAUAAUUAUAUUGCCAAGGUAUCGUGGUAGGAUUUUUCAAUCCUGAUGCCUUUGACCCAUGUAACUGCUCUUAUUUGGGUCCCAAGCAUUGUGUUGUAGGUAACUAURCUAGUUUAGAAAGCCGCCUUGUCAGCACAAAUUGCAAGUAAAUAUGUAAAAAAUCAUUUUWAAAACUUUUCAAAAUUUUUGUUUAUUUUCGUGGAGCAUAUUUCAUAUCAUAAUAAGGUAUGUUAAAUUAUUAKAAUAUCUAUUAUGAUGUCAAUAGAAGCGAAAUAAGUCCUGGCAUACAUCAAAAUUAGAAAAAUGUAUUUUUUGGCUUUAUUUUGCAUAAUUUAUGCAUGUUUUUACUUUAGCACAAUCCGUGGGCCCAGUUGUAAGAUAGGUGGAUAGUGCUAUCCAACUAAUAAAUYUUAUUAAAAUUCAUUGUAUAACAGGAACAAUAUUGUGUUAUCCACURGAUAAGGAUUGGUAGGAUUUAUCYAUUGGAUAGCACUUACRACCUGGCCCCGAUUGCCUGUGUUAUAAUAGCUUAAGUUAUUAGAAUAUCUAUUUUAAAUACUUUGGAAGUUUGAAUGAAAGCAAUAGGCAUAACUGUAAAAAUCCUGUCUGUGUUAGAUGUCAUACGUAAAAAAAUUGAAAUUAUAUAUAUUAUUASAUUGUUGCUCUAUUGACCAGAUUUGAUACAUCAGCCAGCUGGUCAAACACCAUUCUCAUUCCCAGAUCCUCUUUGGUUGUCUUUCCUCCCCUCCAGGRAAACUACAACCAGAACCAAGGAAUAUUGCGACCACGUCCUCACAGUGCAUGCGCGAACUCUUUCCAAGACAAGGCAAGACAAGCAUGGACAAGCCUAUGUCUACGAAUGGCAAACAAAAAUCCAUUCAAAAAGUAGAUCUCUUAUCCUUCUUUAAAGCCAAUCAAAUUGUGAGAAUUUGUAGGGUUUCCCAGAGCCUCUGACGGGGAGGAACAACAACCAAGGAGGAUCUGUGAAGGAAAAUGGUCAAACACAAGGUAUUAUUCACCUUUCUGUAAUUGAGAAGGGACUGGGAAUUAGUGUAGAAAUAUUAAUCUUAUUAAAAAAAAAAACCUCAUCACAUAAAAGAUCACACUAAACUUAUUGGAGUUUAUUUGGGCAAAUACUGACUUAUAAGCAAGCUUUAAACAAAACUUACGAAUAAGAGAGAAUGUAUGGUUUUUGUGUGUAACACCAAUGAAGUUAAAACAUUUUUGAAAACUCCACUGCCAAAGAAAUGUUGGUCAGUCUAUUCACAAGAUAUGAGCAAAGCUAACACACUAAUAAUCAUUUAAUGAUGAYUAUUACAAUGUGAAUACUAUAACUUGGGCCACUUAGACAGCAAGAACCAAUCAAAUUGUUGAAUAAAAACAAUACAUUCAAACUUUGGUGGAGCCAAUCAGAAAGCCACAGAAAACAAUAGCCUUUGAACAUAUUCUUAUAUUCCCAYGAGAAAAUGACAAUGGCUAUCUAGUUGUUUACAUGUAACAUCAGGGUCAAAUUAGCAUUCUUGUGCAGUCUAGGUUUCUGAUUGGCUCUACUACCCAAAGUUGGGAAUGUAUUGUUUUUAUYCUACAUUUUAAUUGGUUCUCUUGUCUAGCUGGUCUAAGUGGCCCUGUUUAUAGUAGUAGCUUACUGAAAUUAUAAAUAAAAGUUUUUUCAUGGAGGAUUGCCUCAACAUGCAGGUUGGAGAGGUUGCAGAAUAGCAGCUUAGAUUAUYUAUGACUUGGCAGUUAGCCUCAUCCCUCACUCAUUAAACUCUGCUCCAUAAUCUCUAAAGUGUUAAUUAAAUAUCAAGUUUAUUUUUUGUUCUGAUUGUUAUAUAUAAUUAUGAUUUGGAAAGUAUAUGUGCAAAUGAAACCUGUACAUACACAGAUCCAAAAAAUAUAGUUCAGUGAAGGAAGAGGUCUAUAUAAAAUUGAGGGCCCAGUUGUAACUAGGGUGGAUAGCGCUAUCCGAUUCCUAUCCUAUGGAUGGUCCUUAUAUYCGAUGGUAAAUUUAUUGGAUAGGAUAACAGCAUCGCUUCAUCCACUACUGGAUAUAGAUUUGUCCAUCAGGUAGCACUAUCCAAUCUUAAUACAACCAGACCCAGUAGAAUAAUUUGUAUGCUUAAAUGAAUAUAGAACAAGYUUUGUUCACCUUGUAAUAGUAAUUGUAUUAAACAAUGGUAUUGCAGCAAAAGGAAAUAAAUUUUUGUAAAAGAUG